GGAUCAGGAGGCGGAACCGGGAGGAGGAACCCGAGGAAGGAUCAGGAGGCGGAAUCUGAGCGGGCCCGGUGCCGCAGGAGCUGCGGGCGAGGCCGCCAUGGAGGCAUUUGCGGGAGCGCCUGUGGCCAUCGCCGUGGCCGUGGUGGCGGCGUCGGCGCUGCUGCUGCUGCUGCUCCGAGGGACGGCGCGGAGGCCGAGCGGCCCCGUCACCCUGCAGGACCCGCUGGCCAAGUACCCGCUGCGGCUGCUGGACAAGGAGGAAAUCAGUCACGAUACUAAGAAAUUCAGAUUCGGGCUACCCUCAACGAAUCAUGUAUUAGGAUUACCUGUAGGCCAGCAUGUUUACCUUUCUGCAAAAAUUGAUGGGAAUCUGGUGGUUCGAGCCUAUACCCCCGUUUCCAGUGAUGAGGCAAAAGGUUAUGUUGAUUUAAUUAUAAAGGUCUACCACAAAAAUGUGAACCCCAAGUUUCCAGAAGGUGGGAAGAUGUCCCAGUAUCUAGAUAACAUGAAGAUUGGAGAUACCAUUGAUUUCAGAGGGCCAAAUGGACUCCUGGUCUAUAAGGGGACAGGUACCUUUCUUAUCAAGCCUAAUAAGAAGUCUGAAGCAGAGAAGAAGUUUGCAAAGCACCUUGGGAUGAUAGCUGGAGGAACAGGAAUAACUCCUAUGUUGCAGCUGAUCCGUCAGAUCACAAAUGAUCCUAAGGACUCCACAAAAUGUUACCUCCUUUUUGCUAAUCAGACAGAAAACGAUAUCUUGCUGAGAGCUGAGCUGGAAGACAUUGCCAAGAGGCAUCCUGAGCAGUUUGUGCUGUGGUACACCCUGGACAGACCUCCAAAAGACUGGAAGUACAGCUCUGGCUUUGUCACUGCAGACAUGCUGAAAGCCCACCUGCCUCCCCCUGGCAGUGAGACCCUCAUUCUCAUGUGUGGGCCCCCACCAAUGAUUCAGUUUGCCUGUCAGCCCAACCUGGACAAGCUGGGCUAUCCCAAGAGCAGCACAUUUGCUUACUGACACUGAUGGCACCUGGUACCAUUUUUGGAAGUACUGCAUCUUUUUCUACAGGAACAGUUGAUGUGCAACUGUGCAGCAAUUGUGUGUGUGUGUGUUUUUUAACACCUUGAUAUAAUUUUUAUGGUUUAUAACUUCAUAAUUACAUUGUGUGUUUUAAUACUAAGAAGUUGUGAAGUCAUCUGGAAUUGUAUGGGAGUUACUUAGUCUUACCUCUGGAAUUAGUAUAAAAUAUUAAUUCUGAGGGGGAAAAAAAUAAAGAGGAAAUGUCAUCCACAUGGAUUUGUGUUAAAUCAUUCCACAGUCAGCAAAAGAGAGGGGAACAUUCAGAAUUUAUUCAUAACAGUCAAAAAAUAAGCAUUUAUACCAGUGUUAUGCUAAUUAGGAUUUCUUACUACAUAUAUUUAAAAGAAGAAUCAACUGUUUUGUGGAUUGACUAUUCACAUCCAAGUUAGCACAACAACACACUGAGUUGCAAAUACAGCAUUGAAAGAAAAUAGGAAGUGUUGUGUUUGGAAUAUCCCAGGGCAGCUGGAGCAGCCAAUCCCAUUUGCAGUGCUGUAAUAAGUCUGUUGGCUAAUUCACCUGACAAAGUAUUUUAAAUGACCAUGGUACCUGAGCUGCUCACUAGCACUGACUGCAUUGCCAGACUGGUACAUUUCAUAGCUUUUAUUAAACAUCAGUCAUUUAAAAAACAUCAGUAAUUUGAAAGAUUUAAAGACUUACUUCUCAUUUUUCUGAAUAUUCCUUUUUUUCACUUGGCAGUGAUUGAAAAGAAUUUGCCUUGAUUUUACCCCUGUGGACAAUCAAAUCGUGUUUAUCUUCUUCCACCUGACCAUACAGUGCAAGGUGUGCCAUGAGAGGCUGGUGAAGUGAGGACCAGGGUGGCUCACGUGUAAAAACCACCCCAGGUGGUUCUCAGAGAGCCCUUGCUGCAUCCUGUGGCCAGCCCUGGAGCUUACAAUUCAGGAGAUUUUUUUCCUGGCAUUUAUCUGUUUACUAAGAGAGCUUGUUAAUGGCUCAUUAAUACAGGAGAUGUACAUGCAAACAAAUGCCACAAGUAAUUGGUGCUGUAGAGGGGACAAUUUCACCCUGGGCCCCUCAGAAAGUGAGAGGCCAUACUUCCCUCUGAUGCAGUCUUGUCUAGCCCAGUACAGCAGUAAAAGAUUUAUUUUGUCAGGUGUUUUAAAGAAAUAAAUCUUUGUUUUGUUCUGGUAAUUUCCUGGUAGUCUCAGAGUUACAAUUUCCUGCUGCAGUUGUUUUUGCCUUAGGUAAAGAUUUGUGAACAAGGCAGCUUGUCAUCCUAAUAAAAGCAAGGGCUGGAUGCACAGCACUAUGUUCCAUUCUUCCCAUCCUGCAGUGCACUGACUUGGAUAAAGAGAGGGCAGGACAGGUGCCAGUGAAAGGGAGAGAUUGAAAUCCUUUCUGGUGACCAGUCUGGCACAACCACAGAAGUGGUGAGUGAGCCAUUGCUGCUGCUCUCACCAACAUUCAGCUCUGAUUAACCCCAGUGGUACAAUUAUGUGUUAAUGAUUCCUGCACUACAAGUUAAUUAGAAAAAUAAAAAAUUACAAAAGGUCUUUCACGUAACAGUACAUCACCAUAGCAUGUAAAAGUCAAGUGAAUGAAAGGACGAAGCAUUGCCAAGUCUUGGCUUUCCAGACUCUGGAUCUGAGUCCCCCUCCUCUCCCAACUCCUGUUUCCUGUUACAUGAUGUGGGAAAACAGCACAGAGGAGAGUUACCUGUAAGCUGUGGCUACACUGACAGUAGGAAGUGCUAGGUGGGAGGUGGCAGUGGCAGAAAAAGGCAAAGCUUUCCUGCUCCACGGCAUCCAGCUGCUCCUGGCCACUCCUGCAGGCGUGAGGUACCAGCUGUGAUCUUGGUCCUGCUGAAGCAUCAUCUCCAGUCUUCAAAGGUGGGUGUUAAAAACCUGCUGUCAUUCAGCAUUUCAUCCUGGCUCAGCAACGUCUGAAAGAGCAAGAUGGGAAGGACUGAGGGGGUUUGAUGAGAGGCCUGUGCUCCCAGAGACCCAGCUGCAGAGAGCUCGGGCUCACAACACCGGAGGUGAGAGCCACACACAAUCAAAAGGAAUUUCUUCAAUACAACUUUAAAUUUUUUUGUGUGGGGAAACUUGUAGAGAUUAUGUGUCUGGCAUGCAACUCAACUAUAUUUCAUAAUUCUUCAUUAUGUCUUCCAGUCACUUAUUUUUUUUUUUAAUACAUUGGCUUCUGUGGAAUGAAGAAGCAGAAGUGAGGUGUUUGGUUUUGCACAGAAUUUUAGCUCAUGUAAAUUUUCAAAAGUCUGUACCUCGUUCCUAGCUGCUGUGAUUGAGGUGGUGCUUACCUGUAAAAUCUUUGAAGAAUCGUUUUCAUGUAAGGGGAUGAAUAUCUGUCAUUUUGUCAGAGACAUCAGAGUUCAUGAAAACUUAGAGGCCUAAAUAAAGCUUAAUUUCUAGAGCAA